ACAGGUGUUCAUAUCUGCGGCUGUGCAUCACCAGAAGGACCAUUCGCUGUACGCGAACUUGCGCUGUUUUAUUUUGUCGCGCUAGACUUGUAGUGCGCAGACACAUCAAUGACCAGACAUGGUUGGUCCUCUGUCUAAAUGCGGCUCUGCCUGCCAGGGAAUACGAGCGAGGUAACCCCUGCACAUGCCGACGAUUGUUCCUGGCAAUACCGUGAGCAAGCCGCUUCACAGCUGCACCAUGCGGAGGCCAUCAAGACACAAAUAACGACGACUGUCGAGGAUGAAGAAGAAGUCGUCUCAAGCACACUUCGAGCGCACCGUUCAAGGUAUGCGGUCAGACGGACCAUCAAGCGGGUCCGCGCCACGUUCAGUGCCGGAGUAUCGCAAGCAGCUACGGUGCUGGCCGGUCAGGGUGCACCGCAAUCUCAUCAGCAGGUGCUGAGCACCGUUGCUAUGGUCCAGACUGAGCACAUGCCACAGCUGCCCUCGCACCAAAUCGCCUCACCACCAUUCCUUGUCCAGGUGCUUCUACCAUCAGCGCCGCCAGUCACGACCGCAGGCGACGCCUCGAAGUAGUCACUAUAAUCGGUCUCCGCCUAAGACUCGGUGGCGGCGACCUCUGCCACACACAUCACAAGCGCAUCGCAGUCUCGUCCACCGAGCGUGCGGCAACACUAGAAGGAGAAUUAUCAUCUCUCCGCCGCAUUGUAAGUGCCAAGUGGGAUCCUGCGGCAAGCCGCAUAAUUACCACCAGAUGUCGCAUCGGCCGUUGUAUCUGUCGGCCUCUGGGACACCGGCUCUAGUGACACACGUGCGUAUUCUCCAGCGCCGCUCUUUGACUAUAAUGUAGUUGCUCUUUAUGGGAAGGAGCAGGGACUUUUUCGAGAGUUAGACCUCAUGCCCCAGGCGAAAUAUCUUCCACAGUGGAUAGGAUGGGCCAGAGAGAGGAGGAACUAAGGAGACAGGUAGAGGACGACUCGAAGAGAAGGAGACAGGAAGAAGGGAGAAAGGAAGUGAUAAAGGAAGAGGAAAGAGAAAGAAGGAGAGUAGAGGAAGAAAGGGUAACACAGAGGAAGCACGAAGAAGAGAGGGAUGGACAGAGACAGGACGAAGAGGAAGAAAGACAACGACUCUAUGAGAUAUGGAAGAGAGAACGAAUUUUAACAGCGUGAAGUGGUGCUGAAGACAAGCCUAGUGAAGCUUCAGAGAGUCCUCAGAGUCUGUGGAGAAGUGGAUGAACCAGCGAGGAAAAAGAGAGUGUCAGUUGCCGAAACAGAGGACAGAAAAUUCCGUGUAGCUGACGAGCGAAGUCGGACUGUUUUCCUCCAGGAGAGGCAUCGUCAGAAGCUGUUGGACGAGGAGAAUGCAGAGCUGAAGAUUAUCUCCCAACUGUUGCGCAACCUCGCUUCUCUCUGCGAGCAGCUUGUAACCUCAAAGGAGGGACGCGACAAGUACAUAUGCGAGGAAGAAGAGAAGGAGGCUGGCAAGGAGCGAGACAGGCAGACGAACGAGGAGACUCAGAAGGAGAAAAAGCAUUCUUCGUUUUUCUUGAGCGCGAAAGAGAAGCGAUGAAGAUGUGCAUCUCUUCUUCUCUCUAGGAGCUGCA